AUGAUGGAUUUCUGGAAAACCCAUGUAUUGGAUAACCAACCUGGUUGUUUAUACAUUUCAGGUAUGCCAGGUACUGGUAAAACCGCCAUGUUAACAGAAGUCAUGCGUCUUGUCGAAGACGAUGUUCUUGCUUUACGUACUCACAAAGUUAAGACGGUUGUCGUCAAUUGUAUGAGUGUCAGAGAACCCAAACAAAUCUAUGCUAAAUUAGUGGAAGAAUUAAGACCCAAUGCAAAGACACCCAUUCAAUCUGAUGUUGUAAAACAAGCAGAAGAGUUAAUCAAUGCUAAAAAAAAUGUAUUAAAUGUGGUGAUCUUGGAUGAAAUCGAUUCAUUAAUAACAAGAGAUCAAGAUGUUCUUUACAAGAUCUUUGAAUGGGCUUCUUUACCUACUUCUCGUCUUGUCUUGAUCGGUAUUGCCAAUGCUUUAGAUUUAACAGACCGUAUUCUGCCUCGUUUAAGAGCAAAGAAUUGUCAACCUCAAUUAUUAAACUUUAACCCUUACCAAGUCUCUGAAAUUUCCAGUAUCAUCAGAGAUCGUUUGUUCUCCCUCAUCGAAGACCCCGAAAACCCUUUUGGCCCUUCUCCUAAACCCGCAGAAGGUGCUGCUCCUCCUCUUAUUCAACCCAUGGCCAUCGAGUUCUGUGCAAGAAAAGUCGCUUCCUCUAUGGGUGAUUUAAGAACUGCUUUGGAUGUCUGUCGACAGGCCAUCGAGCUGGCUGAAGCAGAUCAAAAAAAGAAGUUAGCCAAUGCCUCCGUCUUGGGUGAGCAGAAAUCAAAUACAGCUACUCCCGUGGUCCCCCCACCCAUGGUCAAUGUCGCUCAUGUCUCAAGAGUCUUGAGUUCGGUGUUUGGUAAUUCCAAUGUACAGAAAUUGAAACAGUUGAAUUUACAGCAAAAGAUUGUCUUGGGUGUGAUUAUUGUCAUGAUUCGUUCAUCCACCACAAAAGUAAACAAGAAGGAUUUGUUAACCAUUGGCAGAGUAAGUGGGUAUUUUGUAAGAUUGUGA